AUGGAGUCGACGAAUUUGAAGAAUGCUAAACCUGAGACUCCAGUGAUGGAUUCGAUCAGGUUCGAAUCGAAGGCUCAAGAGAUUUCGAGAUCCUCAGAGAAUUCGAACCCUAACGUCUCACACGAGAGUCCAGCGAGAAUCUCCGACUCUCCGCUCAUCAAGUCUACCAAGUCGAGUAAACCUGCUCAGAAGAAUCCGAAAUCUAAGCUUAAUCCUAGUCAGGCGGUGUUCUCUCCACGAAAUCGCAUUAGAGAGAGGAAAUUUGUGGUGGUGAAGAAGAAUUCGAGGAAGGAGAAGAGAGAUUCAGCACCUAUGGUUGCAGAGAUUGACUGUAAGUGUGGAUCUAAGACUAAAGGGAACUUGAAGAAAUGUGUGUGUGUUGCAUAUGAAACUCUACGGGCCUCACAGGAAGAGUUCUUCAAAACUCGAAGCGAGUCGGAAGUAGAAAUUGGAGAAUCCAGCCAGAAUGUGGAGGAAGGAGAUGAAGUUGAAAUCGGAGAAUCCGAUGAAACUGAUGAAAUAGGGGUUUCUUCGAUGAAGAGGAGAAGGGAAAAGGUACUUGAAGAAGCGAGAAGGAGUCUCCCUGAAUAUGGCAAAGUGAUGCAUCUCGUUAAAGCAUUCGAGAAGCUUACUUGCUUCCCGUUUGCAAAGGCAACAUAUAAGGAAGAAGGAAACCAAACGGAGGAUAAGAUCAAGAAAGCUCUGAAAUGGGAAUUGCCUGGGAUGAGUUUGGAGCAGCCUAAGUGUCCAGAAGCUGAGACAGAACAAGUCACAUGGAGUUCUUCAUUUUCUCCAUCUGAUUUGGUCUUAACAGCAACCAAUCUUGGACUAGCCCGACCUCAUGCGCCAGUUUCUUCAUCAUGGGACAACAGUGUUUCAAGUCUCAACUCAAAUGGUGCCCGGAGGAGCAGAAGAAAUAGCUUGGAUUCCUCCGCUUCAAUGGGAAGUAGAAGAUCGAAGAAGAAGCAGAUGAAGGUCACUUCACCGAAGCCAUUCAAACUGAGAACUGAGGAACGUGGGCGAAUGAAAGAAGAAGAGUUUGCAAAGAAGCUACAAGAAAUGACGAUGGAGGAAGAAAAACAGAGAAUCCCCAUAGCUCAAGGUCUUCCCUGGACAACUGAUGAACCUGAGAGUCUUGUUAAGCCUCAUGUGAAGGAUAUCACUAUACCAGUAGACUUGAAGCUCCAUUCAGACAUUCGAGCAGUAGAACGUGCUGAAUUUGAUUACCAGGUUGCUGAGAAAAUAAACCUGAUAGAGCAAUACAAAGCAGAGAGAGAACGGCUGCGAAAGCUAGCAGAAGAAGAAGAGUUGCGAAGGCUGAGGAAAAAUUUGAUCCCGAAGGCACAACCAAUGCCGUACUUUGAUCGACCAUUUAUCCCCAGAAGGUCUAACAAGCACCCGACCAUCCCUCGAGAUCCCAAGUUUAACCUACCACAACAUAGAAGCGGACUCAUGCAUAAUGGCACCCUUUACAUUUUUAAUAGUGAUGUUUAACCUCUUGUAAUACAACAUAAGAGUAAUAUGCUUCUUGCAUUG